GUGAUGGCGAGUUUAAUAAAUUCUACUGCUACGCUUAUUGUUCCUUAUAAUUUUGCAAUGGCGGCACUUAACGCUUAUAUUGCUAUCCAACUUUUUGUCGCUUCUUUCAAAUUAAGUUAUAGUUAUGUUUGUCAACCAAUUAGAAAUGUUUGGAAAGCUGAAGAAUUACAGAUUGCAAAUGCAGUAUGGUGGUAUUACUUCAGUAAAUUGCUCGAGUUUUGCGAUACAUUUUUCUUCAUAUUACGGAAAAAAGACAAUCAAUUAAGUUUCUUGCAUGUUUAUCAUCAUUCAACAAUGUUCUCAUUAUGGUGGAUUGGUAUUAAAUGGGUGCCCAGCGGGUCUACAUUUUUACCGGCGAUGGUAAACAGCUUUAUCCACGUCCUGAUGUACUCGUACUACGGACUGGCUGCGUUCGGGCCAGAGGUCGCUAAAUUCUUGUGGUGGAAGAAAUAUCUGACGAUACUCCAGCUGAUUCAGUUUACAAGUGCUCUGGUUCUGGGGAUCAAUGGCAUCAGGUCCGGGUGCGACUUCCCGCUUUGGAUGCAGUAUGCACUUGUGUUAUACAUGAUCUCAUUUAUUGUAUUAUUUGGUAACUUUUAUGCCAAGGCUUAUAUUGCCAAGGUA